AUGGCUGAAAUUGGGAGUUGGGGUUGGAUUGUAUCGUUGAGGGUGGGCAUUUUUGGCCCUCAAUGUGGCGG